AUGUCUUCGUCAAAACUGGCCCCCGGCCAACCAGCAACGAUAGAUUUAUUGCCAGCUGAAGAACUACUCCGCCAUCUUCUGCUUGAGUGCCGACAACAGCUGGCGACGCCAGACCUUGAGAUAUGGAUAACUGGUGGCUGGGUGAGAGAUCGACUUCUAGGCAUUCCAUGCGCCGACCUGGAUAUCGCUCUUAGUACCAUGACUGGUGUGCAAUUCGGCAAUCUUCUGACAAAGUUCCUCGAGCAGAAUGAGGGCUCCUAUCGGCAGCGAGCACUAGGCUUGGGAAUCGACUUCAAUGAAUUCAAUGGUUUCCAUACAACCAAGAAGAACCUCGACAAGUCAAAGAAACUCGAGACUUCUGUUGGAAGAAUCUUUGGCUUGGACCUGGAUCUUGUCAACCUGCGUAAGGAGGUAUACGACGACGAUUGCCGUACCCCAGAAAUGGAGUUUGGCACCGCCGAGGAAGAUGCAUUCAGACGUGACGCAACUGCUAAUGCCCUGUUCUUCGACCUGCAAAACCGAAAGGUUGCCGACUUUACUCGCAGAGGCCUGGACGAUCUGUAUGCUGGCAAAAUGCGGACACCACUCGAGCCAAGGCAGACCUUUCUCGACGAUCCCUUGCGUGUGCUUCGUCUCAUCCGCAUAGGAAGUAAACUCGGGUUUACCCUUGAUUCCGAGGUUCUAAGCUGCAUUAGAGAGCAUGAAAUCCAUGUGGCUCUAGACGAGAAGGUUAGUCGGGAGAGAGUUGGCAUUGAGGUCUUCAAAAUGAUGAAGAACCGGAACCCUGAGCUGUGCUUUUCAUUAAUCCACGAGGCCAAUCUCUAUAGAACUGUUUUCUUGACGUCGUGCUCUCCUCUUCAUGAGCCUCUCCAUCGUCUCCUCCCCCAGGAAUCCGAAAGGCCAUGGCCUGCCACUUGGUCGCGGGCAAUCAACGCUAUUACGACUUUAGCACAGGAUCUAACAAGACAUUUUGGGGCUUUGAUGGAAUCUGAGAAACAGAAAGAUAUGCUUUGGGCGAUCGUGGCUUAUGCUCCGUUAGCAGGGCUGAACCCCCAGGACCAUAAGCUUGCCGUUGACGAAGCUAUAAAUGCCCUAAAGGGCACCAGGCAGCUUUACAAACUUAUAGAAUCGUCGCUAGGGAACUUGGAAUCUAUCCGAUCCACUGUAGAGCUAGUGGUCAGCUCUACUCCGUCCCGGGGCACGAUAGGGAUGAGGCUCCGUGAAUGGGGAGUCUUUUGGGGCCUGCAGGUUCUUUUCUCGGCCCUUGGAGAAAUAGUGUACUUGAGGCCACAGCCGGAAUUUCCAGACCCUAGUCAGGAGGAAAUCCAUAAAGUUCUACAGAGACAUGAAGCCCUGCUAUCAUUUGCCCAGAAUCAGGGGCUGGAUUCGGUUUCUUCAUUGAAGCCAAUCUUGGAUGGAAACGCCAUAAAAAAGGCUCUUGGGGUCAAGCAAGGAGGGAAAUUCCUUGCCAGGGCGAUUGAAGGUCUGCUUGAAUGGCAACUCGAUCAUGAGGGGGCAGACGAAGCAGCGGCUGAGGCAUGGCUUCUCAGCCAGAGGGAUGAACUUGGCCUUCCAACAGCUGAAAGCAAAUGA